CACCCAAACACCGAGCCCAAAAACCCUAACCCCCCCUCUAUUAAAGCCUCCGCGUGAAGAGACCAAAACACCACCACCACCGCGAGACGACGCGAGCGCACGCACGCCUGCACGCGCGGCCGCAUCGGCAUCUCUCCCUGUCCACUCCUCGCGCACGGUCUCGAGAGAUGGCGGCGGCGGCGGCAGUGUGUGGAACCGAGAGGGUCGCCGAGGUGUCGGCGUCGGCGUCGGCGGUGGCCUUUGUGGCCUUCGCUGCCGCCGCGGCGGAGAGAUUCCUGGCUGUGCUCGCGCUCGCGAUGGAAGCGGUAAAUGGUGGAGCAGAUAUAUUUAAUGAGGACCAACAUGCAAUCUACAAGCUACUCGGCAGAAUCAAAUCUGAAUCUACCCCUGAGAACAAGGAUGGGUCAGAUGAUGACGACGACGAUGAUGAAGAUGACGACGAGGAUGAUGAAGGUGGUGAUGAUGAUGAUGCCGAGGAGGACUUCUCUGGCGAUGAAGGGGGUGAGGAUGAAGAUGAUGAUGAUGAUGACCCUGAGGCAAAUGGUGACGGAGGCAGCGAUGAUGAAGAUGAUGAUGACGACGAUGGUGGUGACGAAGAUGGUGAGGAUGAUGAUGAUGAGGAUGAUGAUGAUGAGGAAGAUGAUGAUGACGAGGACCAGCCGCCUUCCAAGAAGAAGAAAUGAGCUAGCCUCCUUCAUCCUGCAUCUGCCUCCUCAACUUGUUUCAGUCUGUUGUGCUGUUUAGAUGAUGGAACAGGUUAUGGGACCUAUGUAGCUUAUGGUUUGGGUUGUUUGGGUCUCUCAUAGGAGUAGGAAAACAUUUGACAUCUGAUGUUAAGCCGUUCUCUUGUGUUUUGCCUUUGUGCAUGUAGACGUAAAAUGCUGCGGUGUGUUAUUUAUUGGAGAUCUGAUUCUGUCAUGCAUUCAAGUCUGAUUCUUGUUACUUUA